AUGAUGAACAAAGGAUACGCCCUCGAGGUUGCAAAUUAUAUUAAUGCCGACAUUUUGCUCAACAACCUCCACAAUACAAUUGCGAAUAAGGGAAGCCCUAUUAGCGCUGGCAGCUACAAGUACAUGCUCUCAACACUGGGAAAGGAGAUUAAAAGUAAAUACGAGAAUUUUACGAGAGUAUUGGAGAGUGAUCAAGCCGUUCUUGGAGAUAAUUUGAGAAGAGUGCCUCAAAUUGAAUUAUUCACUGCUCGGGAUAAGAACAUACAAGAUAAGGAAGUAUUGAUCAUGAAGGUCGGGCAUAAAGUAGUGGACCAGCUCACCAUUCCCUAUGAGAAGAACCCAGUGGAUAAUCAAGAAAAGUGUUUCAAGAACGUUCAACUCGUUCAAUCGUUCCAUCAAGAGAACAUUAUUCAACCUGAGAGAGUGAUUCCGGAGAGUGAUGGCCAUGCAACGUAUCUCGUGUUUUCCGAGGCUGAUAUGCAACUCUCACUCGUCGAUGCGAUCCUCGAUGGAAUGCUUAAUAAUGAACAGCGAAAAUAUGUAUUUUUCCAAUUGGUUUGUGCCUUGAAUGAGCUUCAUAAGGCUGGUUUGGUUCAUCAAACCCUACAUAGAUUUUGUGUGGAUCCGCACGUCAUUGUGGUCGGAAAUGGAUGUAAAGUUGGUUUAAUUGAUUUAACAGGAGUCACUGGUUAUACAAAAGAUGACUCUGUAUAUAGUUGGAUGCCAACUCCAAGAAGACGCUCUGAGGGAGGAGUGUCUUCGCCAAAGUCUGCCGAUCAUAGAAAUGCAUCCAUAUUCGAAAGUCCCAAAUCACCAAGAGCACCUACUUCACCUCGUACCCCAAGAAGAAGUUUGGGAAAUAUGAGCUCAACUCUGAACUUUAGUCCUCUCAAAACUUAUUCCAGAGACUAUGUGUUUGCCAGCAAGAAUGAAAGAAUUUUCAGAGACGUCACCGGAGGCGAUAAUAGUGGACAAGUUAACAAUAUUUGGACUCUGGGCACAAUAUUCGCAUUUCUUCUACGAGGAAUUCCCAUUUUCAAAGGAUCAACAUCAUCUGAGGUUUGGGAAAGUAUUAUUAACUUGUUUGGAAGACCAACCUCAUCUGAUUGGUGUUCCCAGCAACGUAAUGUAAAAGCAUUUGUAGAUCAAUUAAUUCAAGACAAGGGUUUUGACGUCUCUCAAGAUAGACAUUUGGAUUACGUGUUUGGAGCAUGUACCAAGGACGAGAUUGAUCUUCUGAGAGGAAUGCUGUGUAUUAAUCAAGAGAAACGACUGACCGCUGAACAAAUUUUACAACAUCCAUACUUUGACGAGUUCAGACAAUUCAUACCUACUGGAAGUCUCUUAAACAACUUCUCUCAGAGUGUGGAAGAUGAAAACGAAUGUGAGAGUGCUCUUGUAGUCGCUGGAUGCAAUUUCAACCACCAAACUGGAAUGCAACAUUGUCAAUUACAUCCCACUCUUGGAUUUUUGGAUGACAUCAAUUCAGUUUUCGAAACAGUUCCAUCUAUUCAAAAGGUCUGUUGCACCUCCUCUACCAGCAUGUUAUUAAGCAAGGAGGGAAGAGUUUUCAUUUUAGGAGGCCCACAAAGUGCAUGCUUGACUGAAUUGGACUUGGACAGCGUUGUAGACAUUGAUUGUAAUGGCAACGAAGAUGAAUGUCACUACUUGAUGUUGAAAAGUGACGGAAAGUUGUAUGUCUAUGGAUCCAAUAGUCAUGGUCAACUUGCAUUAGGACAUACCAAUCCCAUAACUCUAAUAUCAGCAGCCAAAUGGGAAGAAGUCGAAACUCCAAUUUCCAAAAUUGCGGCAGGUGGUAAGCACACCAUUGCUAUCCACGAGGGAGAGUUGUACGCAUGUGGAUCUAAUGUACAUAAGCAGUGUGGUAUUGAUGAUCACAGAGAAGUUAUUCCAUUACUAACCAAGGUCGCAACAUUUAGUGAUGAAGUGCUCAAAGAUGUCAAGUGUGGAGACCACCACACUAUCAUCUUGACACACUCAGGAAGAGUAUUUACAUGUGGAGAUAAUAGAUUUGGGCAAUGUGGUUUUGAGAGAGUCAAGAGAGUUUGUGUUCCUUCUGAGUUACCAUCCAUGCUAUUUAACAGAUAUCCGGUCGCUCAAAUAGCUGCAGGAGCCAAUCAUUCUCUAUUUGUGACAUCUCAAUUCUUCCUUUACUGUGUUGGUCAAGCAUCUAAGGGUCAACUAGGAAUUAAAACAGAAGAACAAGCUGUAUUCUUACCCUCAAAAAUCAAUUUCCAACCUCAAACCAACGACUAUGAAAUACAUCCAUUUUGCAGAAGAGAAAUCAUGCAGGCAUUUGCCAAAUUUGAUCAUUCGUUCUUUGUGACAAACGAUAACCGAAUCUUUGUGUGCGGAGACAACUCGUAUCAGGAGCUUGUGAGCUGGCCAUAUCAACAAGGCUUUUAUUUCUUCAAUGAAAUUCCAAAGUUUGUAGACGUGCCUGUUGAGAUUAUGAACAUUUCAUGCCCUAACUUUGAUAACACCAAAUUACAAAUGGAUGUUCAGUCGGCCAGUUUUGGAGAGCAUCAUUUGUUUGUUUGCAUGCAAAAGAAAUGUGUAGAAUAA